AUGAAAUCUUUAAUAUUCUUAGCUGUUUUAAUAUGUAUAAUUUUUUCAUCUGCACAAGCUCGAUCAUUUCAAACUAGAGCAUAUAAUAAGAACAUGUUGAGAGACUUAUUUAUUGAUACUCCAACUUAUUCAGAUUUAGUGGCUCUACUAAAAGAUUCUCAAAUACCAGUACAUAAAAAAAAUGAUUAUAAAUCCAUAUUAGCAAGUCAACCAGAAUAUUUCGUACCGGCAAAUCAACAAUUUAUUCCAAUGGCUACUCGAUCACCAGUUCGUCGAAAUCGAUUAUCGAAUGCUUAUGGACGAAAAUCUCAUUGGGAUACAUUUUUUGGAAAGAAAUAA